AUGGGUAGGCAGACAUGCCUUGUAGGAAGAGUGCUUGGGGCUGCAACAGUUCAAGGAGACACAGCAGUUGCAGAGCUGUCCCCGAAGCAACUUAUUAAGUUAGGACCUGAAAAUGAUGAUCUUCAGGUACAGUUAGCAAACAUAUACACAAAUGCUGGCCGGUGGGAUGACGUUGAAAGGUUACGAGGAAGAGAAUAUGCCAGGGGACCUCAAAAAAGCCCUGGGAUAAGCUUGAUUCAGUCAAGGACUGAGUCAUUGCCCAUUCGUCAGGAUGGAGAUGGUGUUCAGGCAGUGUACUGCCAACAAAAUGUGAAAUCAAUGGAAGGAAGUGGUGUCUUCAAGACCAUGGCUGCAUUGUUUCUGGCAGUAUAUGUUUCAAACAAAUUUAACCUCAAAAUUUUUCUUUUCCGGGGUUUUUACUUGGAACAAAUGGAGUCUAAAUGGAAUAUAGGAACUAACAAUUUAGGGAUAAAGGCAAUAAGCAGAAAUUUAAGGUUGGAAAUUGACAGAAAAAGAUUGACUCGAUGGCAAGGUCGAGAGGUGGUUGGUUGCUCCUCUUGUGUCGUUGUAAAGGACUAUAGGGAAGAAUUUGAGGGUCUUAAUAUCGUCCAGGAGUAUGUGAAAUCAUAUUAUGUUAAUGCACUAAGAAUUGAAAGAUAUAUUGAUGGGCUUCGGAUUAAGCACGUUAAGAAGUGCAAGGAAGUUAAGUGGACUCUGAAUGAACUUCAAGACCCAUUAGAGCGUAGGAUCAUGAUUGACACAUUGCAACGCUUGGGUAUCAAUUAUCACUUCGAACAAGAUAUCAAAACAGCCCUAGCUAAGCAUUAUGGAAGCCUUAGUUCGGGCACGUUCCCAUUUGGGGAUCAUAAUUUGCAUGACAUUGCACUUUACUUUCGAUUGUUGAGGCAAGCUGGUUAUUUGGUUCCUACAGAUGUGUUUAGUAGCUUCAUGGAUGAGAAGGGACACUUCAAAGUAGAACUAAGAGAAGACAUUAGAGGAUUGAUGAGCUUAUACGAAGCUUCGCACCUCGGAUUCAAGGAAGAAGAGAUUCUCGAUGAAGCACAUGACUAUGCUCGGAUGCAUCUUAAUGCUUCCCUAAUGAACCUCCAACCAAAUUUAGCUAGAGCUGUAAAGGACACCCUGGAGAAUCCCUAUCACAUGAGCUUGGCUAGAUUCCAAAGCAAAUGCUAUCUCCAAAAUUUCCAUGGCACGUAUGGAUGGAUGGGUCUCUUAGAGCAACUUUGGAAGAUAGAUUUUAAUAUUGUCCAAUCCAUAAAUCGACUUGAACUCCUUCAGAUUUUCAAGUGGUGGAGAGAAGUGGGUCUAUCAGAGGAGCUGAAGUUUGCUAGAAACCAACCAUUAAAAUGGUACAUGUGGCCCAUGGUGGUCCUUCCAGAUCCAAAGUUCUCAGAGCAUAGAAUUGAGAUGACGAAAAUCAUCUCACUUGUCUAUGUGAUAGAUGAUAUUUUCGAUGUUCGAGGGACAUUGGAUGAACUUCUUCCAUUCACUGCGGCAAUCAACAAAUGGGAACCCACUGCCAUUGAGCGACUACCAAACUACAUGAAAAUCUGUUUCAAGAUUCUUGACGAAAUCACCAAUGAAAUUGCUGAUAAGGUCCUUAGAGAACAUGGGUGGAACCCAUUACACUCACUUAGGAAGGCGUGGGGGAGCCUUUGUGAUGCUUUUCUGGUGGAAGCAAAAUGGUUUGCUUCAAAGCAGGUGCCCAAGGCGAAUGAUUACCUGGAGAAUGGAGUGGUGAGCUCAGGAGUCCAUGUGGUGUUACUUCAUGGCUUCUUUCUCCUGGGUGAAGGUAUAACUAAGGAGAAUGUAGAUCGUGUGGAACAUAGUCCAGGCCCAGCUCUCAUGUCUUGUCCAGCUACAAUUCUUCGUUUAUGGGAUGACUUGGGAAGUGCAAAGGAUGAGGAGCAAGAUGGACAUGAUGGAUCAUACUUGGAGUGCUACUUGAAGGACCAUAAGCAGGGAUCUUCAAUGGAGAGUGCGCGAGAACAUGUUUUCGAUUUGAUUUCAGAUUCAUGGAAGCAACUCAACCGGGAAACCCUAGAAUGGAGCUCUUUCUCACCCUCUCUUAUGAGGGUCUCACUUAAUUCUGCAAGGAUGGUCAAAGUGAUGUAUGGUUAUGAUGAUAAUCAACGUCUUCCAGCUCUUGAAGAGUAUAUUAACUCAUUGCUCCGUGAGAGUAUUCCUCUGUAUUAG